AUGAUGACGAACAAUAAGACUACUCAAACGCUCAUGGCGUCACUUAUCUCCUUGGUUUUCCUGGGAAUGCUUCAAAAUGUCCAAUCAUUCCAACCCGUCAUUGGCCUUGGAAAUUCGAGACCAGGAAUCUUGGAUGAAAUGACAAGCAGCUUGUUUGCAGGAGUUGUUGCACCCGUCCGAGAACCCACCAUCAUUGGAGACGACCUCCUUAUUGAGGACGAAGAGGAUGAUUACGAUGAGCUAGUUGAUGGCUUGACUGAAAAGCUUGAGGCCAUGGAAGGCCUAUGGUUUUCAGAUGACUUUUACGGAAAGCAUGGACGAGAAUGGGUUCAAGUGUCGACACGAUUGGUAGGAGCUUCGGCUACAUCCGUCAUGGUUGCCGUCAAGGUGACUGGGGACCCGCAUGUGCCAGCCGGAUGCGUCACUUGGCAGACUGAUUCUUGGCCUACGGAAGGUGGACCAAGUGUCUCGGCCCAAAUUCAAACUCGGGCGGACCCACAAGAUCCCGAUGGCUUCUCGUGGCUCCCUGGAGAGCUGAAGUUGAUCAACCAGAAACAAAUCAUUCUAUCCUGUAGCCAUGGCCCAGGGCUGGCAAGCACAGGGACCUUUCACAGGCAAGAAGAGGAUGACGACGAGGAUUCAUUUGCCUAA